AUGUUUGAAGAUACACGGAACUGGUAUUAUAAUGCUUGCAAGCAUUGCAAGUCAAAGGUUCAAAUAGUUAAGGUUUCAGAUGAGACGGUCAAUGGCUUGGACCAGUUAGAAGAGAAAGAGAUUAUGGUUUGUACAAAUGAAAAGUGCAAGGACAAACUUAUUACUGCUGAACCAAGUUUUAUGAUCAAAGUUCGAGUUCAAGGUUUAGUUGGUGUUGUGAGUCUUACGAUCUUUGAUCGUGAAGUCAGAAAUAUUCUGAAAUUAUCUGCUGCUGAUUUAUUAUCAAAAUAUGAAAGGUUUGGCAAUACAAGUCAGUUUCCUAUUGAGUUGAAUGCCAUGAUCGACAAAAAAUUGGCUUUCAAGAUUGUUGUCAAGACAUUUAAUGUUUCAAGAUUUGGUCGUUCUUACAACAUUUCCAAAAUAACGGAUAAUGUUGACAUUAUUUCUGCUUUGGAGAAAAUUGAGAAAAAGAGUAGGAUUGAACAGGACAUGGAUACUGAAUCUGUUAAUAUAAUUGGCUCAGAAUUUGCAUCUCAAGAAACAGUGGGUUGUAAGGAUGAUACUUCCCACACUGCUGAUAAUACUCCUGUGUCGAAUAUUCCCUCUGGCAUAUCAUCAAGAACAGUCAACAACCUCAAUUCACCGCCUACAAGUGCCAAACGUAAACUUGUAGAUGUUUACGAUCUUGAUGAUGACGUUUAUGAAUCAGCAACGAAACCUAAUGCACCCCGUAUUGGAGAUGGCAAAGUUGGUGGAACAACAAAAUUGUUGAUUCCUAAAGUUGAAAAGUGA